AUGAACCAUCCUUUAUGGUUUAUGACGACAGUUGAGUUUGUGACAUUCGUGUACAGUCUGAAUGCACUAUUACAUGAUCCAUCUUUGGCAAGAAUUACUCCAGAGUUUGGCAAUUGGGUAUGUUAUCUUUAGUAUACGUUGUUGUAAACUUUACAUUAUGUAGUUUUUUAAAAUGUUUUACAAAUGUUAUUAAGAUAUUGCUUAAGUAAUGACAUUUUAAAAGUGUAUAUAAUGCUAAAGAGUACGUAUUGAACAAGUUAAAAUUGCAGAGCGCAUUACUGCACUGGCUACAGUACGUGGUACUGUUCUUUUCUUUGUUUACGUUUUGUCUGUUUACCAAAAAAGCUUGGUUACGGUCGUAUGGCUAUGGCAGAUCUUGGAGGAACCGGUUUCGACAUCAUGUUUGUAGGUUUACUUCAUUAUACUUUACUUUAUUAUACUUUUGUGAAACGUACACAUAUCAAUAUGUCAGUUAAAGACAUUUCAAUUGCUUUUUUAAUAUUUUAGAUAGUAUUGUGAUAAAUAUGUUAAAGAAAGAAACUAUAGGUCUCUGUACUUACUAAAAGAAAAUUAUAUUUUAGGUGGAUUUUGUGCCUUGCUGCUAGCUCUUCUGGCCCUUACGUCAUCUAUCAUUUGGCCGAGCUACUUCAAAGAUGUUGGACUGUACUUUGCCUUACUGGCCAAGUCAUUCUUCUUUCUCUUUUUCUUGUACUGGCGAAGAGAGAACUUGGUAUGUUACCUCCACAUUACCAUUACUUUGAAAGAAAUUUUUUUUUUUCAAAAUUAAAAGUUUUUACUUUCAGAUUGAACAAUAUAUUGAAGAAAUGAUGCACGUAAAUGGCUCGAGUUCAGUACUGAUUACAACUCAAAACGUCCGAGAUAUGUACAAGUUAUUUGAAUGUGACAAUGAGUUUAUUACGUACGCUGACUCUUGGCCCAUAUGCUGUACCAAACAGAAACUUCAGGGGAUCAAACAGAGCGAGUACUACAACAUUCAGAAGUGGCUACACGACAUUGCUAGCUUCAUGGAUAAUGGAGGGUCCGUACAGGAUUUGUAUGACAUUGUCAAGGUAUGUUAUGUCCUAAUCAAUGUGCGAUAUUAAUAUGUUGUUGGCUAUUACUACAUUGUUUCAACAUCUUUUUUAAUUUUUGAUUUUUCUGUUAAAAUCGAUGUAAAAUUAGGUCAAAUAUGACUCUUUCAUUUACAUAUUCAUUAACUUUUCAGGAAAUGCAAGCUCGUUGCGAGCUCCUGGACGUUCAGAAGUCCGAACAACGACGAUACCAACAACUGGCAGCUCUUCAGAACAUUGUUCGUAUCGAUCCGAUAAGUCUUGGCCAGUCCAUGAGUCGUACUUUGAAUCGCGACUCAUCGUAUCUUGUUCAUGCCGGGGGGAAGAUUGAAGAAGUUGUGUGA